GAGAAGUAGGAGCACACUUGUGGGCAGGCGUCUGAACAGCGCCGCACUGCCGAAAGCGACCGCAGGAGGAGCCCUCUCUCCCACCUCCGGGGCGCGCAUCGCCCUCCAAGAUCUUAUUCUUCUUCGAAGGGAGAAGAACGAGGCAGGCAGGCAGCGGCGAAACAAGCAACCAUACUACCAAUAAUUAUUACAGCAAGGGAAGAAAAGAAAAAAGAAGAAGAAAGAAAUAAAAGAAGCGAAAGCGGGGGAGAUAGCGCUAAUCAUAACACGACACUAUACUUUCCGCCCUUCCCGAUACUCCUCCCCUCUUUAUGACGCUCAACCGCUACAACCACGGCGACGGCAGCAUCGUCAUCGUCUCAUAGAGCAGGGGAUUUGAGAGAGAAAGAGAAGCGAGGGGUGGGGGCGGGCCAGCGUACGGACCCGGGAAAGCCGGGAUUUUAGUGGGGAGUAGAGGGCGGGAUGGGGAGGUGGGCUUGAAAGGACGUGAGGUGGGGGAUUGCUGGUGGUAGGGGGUGGCGAUGAAGUUUAUGAAACUGGGAUCGAAGCCGGCGGAUGCGUUCCAGUCCGACGGGAGCGACGUCAGGUAUGUGGUAUCUGAGCUGGCAACAGAUGUCAUUAUACAUGUUGGUGAAGUGAGGUUUUAUUUGCAUAAGUUUCCUCUUCUAUCCAAGAGCAACUGGUUACAAGGAUUGAUACUCAAGGCCAAUGAGGACAACACUGAUGAAGUUUUCGUCCAUGAUUUUCCUGGUGGACCAAAAGCCUUUGAGAUAUGUGCUAAAUUCUGCUACGGCAUGGUUGUGAUUCUCAAUGCCUACAAUGUUGUUGCAGCUAGAUGUGCAGCAGAAUACCUAGAGAUGACUGAGGAUGUUGAAAAAGGUAAUUUAAUAUUUAAAAUAGAGGUUUUCUUGAACUCCAGUGUGUUCCGCAGUUGGAAAGAUUCCAUUAUUGUUCUACAGACCACAAAGUCAUUGUUACCAUGGUCUGAGGAAUUGAAGGUGGUUGGAAGAUGCAUAGAUUCCAUUGCUUCCAAAACAUCUGUAGACCCUGCUAACGUGCACUGGUCAUAUACCUAUAGCAAGAAAUUGGCAGCUUCAGAUGAGAUAGUUGAAUCCCAACAAAGGAUGCGCAUUGUUCCCAAGGAUUGGUGGAUUGAGGAUAUAUGCGAGCUGGAUGUUGAUCUUUACAAGCGAGUGAUGGUUGCUGUGAAGUCUAAAGGGAGAAUGUCUUCUGAUGUGAUAGGAGAGGCCCUCAAGGCUUAUACAGUUAGAUGGUUGCAUGAUUCUUAUGAUGCCUUGGCUACUGAUGACUACACAAGAAGGAACAGGACUCUGGUAGAAACCAUCAUCAGGCUGUUGCCAUCAGAUAGAGGUUCAGGUUGUUCCUGCAGAUUCCUUUUAAAAUUGCUAAAAGUUGUUAUCUUGGUCGGAGCUGGGGAUUUGUUGAAAGAAGACUUGAUGGACCGUAUUAGUCUGCAAUUGCACAAAGCUUCUUGGAAGGACCUGCUGAUUCCAGCAAAAUCAUCAGGUGACACUAUUUAUGAUGUUGAUCUGGUGCAAAGCCUAGUCAGUAGAUUUAUGAUGCGGCUUGGGAACACUCAUGAUACUGAUUUUGUGGAAAAGAGUGAAAAUAGGAUGCAUGAAAUUGAUUUAGAACAUGAAUCUUUGUUGACUGUGGGAAAAAUGAUUGAUUGUUAUCUUGCUGAAAUAGCCAGUGAUCCAAAUCUGCCAAUUUCUACCUUCAUUGAUCUUUCUACAUCAGUUCCAGAGGCAGCCAGACCAAUUCAUGAUGGGCUGUACGCAGCCAUUGAUAUCUAUUUAAAGGAGCAUCCAAGCCUGAGUAAAGCAGAGAAGAAAAGGAUCUGUAGACUGAUCGAUGUCAAGAAGCUCACAGUGGAUGCUUGCAUGCUUGCAGCACAAAAUGAGCGUUUACCUCUUAGAGUGGUGGUUCGGGUCCUCUUCUUUGUGCAGAUGAGGGCAGCGGCCGGGAGGCUGACAGCUCCAACCAAUGACACCUUACAUGGCAGGCCAAAUGAGGAAGAUGAUUGGGAGAGACCAGUGCCAGAGAACCUGAACUCUGUAAAGAGACAGAUAGGGAACUUGAAGAUAAAAGAGGAUGAGCGCCGGAGUAACGAGGGAAAGAAGAGUAAUGGGGAUAACAAGGACAGGGGUGGUGGGUUCUUGCUGCCAUCUCGAUCAAAGAGGAUAUUUGAUAAGUUCUGGGUUGGGAAAGGGCAUGGGGAGAACAAAAGUAGCGAUACAUCUGGGAGUUCUCAAAGCCCUCCCACUUCUGUGAAACCUAUGGAAGCUAAAUCUUCUGGGUCUUCAUCAAGGCACAGGAGGUACUCUGUUUCAUGAGUAUAGUUUUUGGGUGGAAUUUCAUGUCCUUUUGUAUAGAAAAAGGGUAAUGUUUCAGCAGACAGGGCAGUUCCACAUGUUUUAGCAAAUGUUCAAUUUUUUUCUUCUUUCUCAUUCCCUCCGUAAAGAAGGGAGGGGAGGGGAUUUGAGCAGUUAAAAAUGCACACUGCUUUUGUAUUAUUACUCUCCUUUAACUUAGUUUAGUGUUUUUUGAAGUACCAUUGUUAGGUUGCUCAUUCAUAACCAUUCAUAGCACAUGGAGUUGUGUUUAUAGACAUGCUGUGAUUAAAUGGACAAUUUCUGAGAUUGAUUCUGUUUUGGUUAUAAUGAAA